GAUAUGAUCUUGCAGGCCAAAUAUAAUUACACUACGGGCCAGAUUUGGCCCCCGGGCACGAGUUUGACACAUGUGGUUUAUAAGAACCAGACCCAGGCUAAAGUGUAAGCCACAGCAGCGACCACCAGAGGGCAGAAUUGUACUUCUGACCACAACAGUCUCAUGAUCGUUAUGUAAACACGUGUGUUCAAACAAAGGAAGAUAUUAGCACAUUCGUCGUGGUUAACUUUAGCUUCUCCUAAUUAAAGCAAUUUAUUCAACUUCAACUUUUAGCUCAAACAUUGUUUUAAUUUAGUCCAGCCCUUCCUUAGAACUGUUUAUAGAACUUUUAACGUUUAUCGUUGCACUUCUAUCGUGACGUCACGUUUCCUUUACGUUCCUUUUAGUGAACGACUCUUUCAAUACCUUUUUUCUAUGCUUAACUUAUGCUAACUUAUUGGCUAACCUUUAUAUUCUUCUCCAAUGUACGUCUUUAGGCCCUUCUUCUUCUCCCUGUUCUUCUUCUCCCGCCCCAUUGUGUUUUUUUUACGAAUACACUUCGUUGGUUAUCAUAUUAAUUUAUUCACAUCUCGUCUGCCACCUUCUGCUGACGUCACGACAGGCCAUUUCACUUCCUGUUCAGUCACCGCCUCCUUGCUGGUAACGGAACGCGUCGCAGCUGUGGCGCGCACACGCACACAGCGAAUUCUUACCCCGACACAUACACACUCAGUUUAUUACUCACACACAUACACACACACACGCACGCACACAGUGGACAGAGUGGAGUCGUCAAGCCGGGCUGAAGCGUCCAUUUACCGGGUGGAUUGGUGUUUGUGGUGCUGACCAACAGUCAUGGUGAACAUCCCAGAAUUCUAUGCAGGGAAACAUGUGCUCAUCACCGGAGCGACAGGCUUCAUGGGAAAGGUGCUGCUGGAGAAGCUGCUGCGCUCCUGUCCACAGGUCCGACUGGUCUACGUGCUGGUCAGGCCCAAGGCCGGUCAGUGCCCUCAGGCCCGCAUCACAGACAUGAUCAACUGCAGGCUGUUUGAGAGGCUGCAGGAGGAACAGCCGGAGUUCUCAGAGAAAAUCGUGGCAGUGAAAAGUGACCUGACUCAGCCACAGCUGGACCUGAGUGACCAUGACCAGAAGGUUCUGAUUGAGAAUGUCAACAUCGUCUUCCACUGCGCUGCCACCAUCAGGUUCAACGAGCCACUCAAAGACGCGGUGCAGCUGAACGUCCUGGCCACUCAGAAGAUGCUGUCCCUGGCACAUAGGAUGAAGAACUUGGAUGUCUUCAUCCACGUUUCCACGGCCUACGCCAACUGUGAUCGAGAGCUCAUCGAGGAAGUCGUCUACCCUCCACCCGUGGACUACCGCAGACUGAUGGACACCCUGGACUGGAUGGACGAUGACCUGGUCUCUACUCUGACACCAAAGCUGUUGGGGAAGCGUCCCAACACUUACACCUACACCAAGGCCCUGGCUGAGUACCUGCUGCAGCAGGAGGCUGGAGACCUGAACGUGGCCAUCGUCAGACCCUCCAUCGUUGGAGCCAGCUGGAAAGAACCGUUCCCAGGCUGGAUUGAUAAUUUCAAUGGUCCCAGUGGAAUCUUCAUUGCAGCUGGUAAAGGAAUUCUCCGUACGAUGAGGGCCUCAAAUGACGCCGUGGCUGAUCUGGUUCCUGUAGACGUGGUCAUCAAUGCCACGUUGGCUGCAGCCUGGUUCUCUGGGUCACAGUUGAAAACCAGGCCAAAGAACAUGUUGGUGUACAACUGCACCACCGGGGGGAUCAACCCCUUCCACUGGGGAGAAGUUGAGUACUGUAUUAACGUGACCUUCAAGGCCCAGCCUUUAGAGCGGGCCUUCAGAAGGCCCAAUGUCACGCUGCGCUCCAACCCCUUUACUAAUCACUACUGGACCGCCGUCAGCCACACGCUGCCGGCUCUGCUCUAUGACGCCUAUCUGUGGUUGACGGGUCGCCGGCCUCGGAUGAUGAAGACCAUCUCCCGCCUCCACAAAGCCAUGAUGGUCCUGGAGUACUUCACCAGCCACUCAUGGGUGUGGAACACGGAGAACGUGACCAUGCUGCUGUCCCAGAUGAGCAGUGAGGACAAGAAGAUGUUUAACUUUGACGUGCGGCAGCUGCACUGGGCCGAGUACAUGGAGAGUUACUGCAUGGGUACCAAGAAGUACGUGCUGAACGAGGAGCUGUCGGGUCUGCCUGCCGCCCGCAAACACCUCAACAAGCUCAGGAACAUCCGCUACACCUUCAACACCCUCCUGGUGGUGAUGAUCUGGCGCGUCUUCAUCGCUCGUUCUCAGAUGGCCAGGAACAUCUGGUAUUUCGUGGUCAGUCUCUGCUUCAAGUUCCUGUCCUACUUCAGAGCUUCCUCCACCAUGAGAUAGUGAGGUCAGAAACAUGACAUCACACUCCCCCUUCACCCCUCCCCCCCCCAAACGCACACACACUCACAUACACUGUCACAAAGAACAUCCAUCUCCACAGCAACAGAACCUGGACCAGACCUUCAUCUCCCCAGUCACUAGAACUGUUUCUGCUCUUCUCUCUGUCUGGUAACCUGACCAGUACCCCCUCCCUCACCCCCACUCCCUCCCCCACCUCCCAGUGUUGGACUGACCUGGAGGUGGAGCUUAGACCUCAGUACCACUGACUAUCCAGAGCUGGCAGCAGCAGCUCUAACUCCCAAGAGAAGAGCGGCAGCUGAAAAUGCUAUUUUCGGAGCUCGGAGCCUCGGACUGAUCUGUCUGGUGGUGCUGCCCAUGUUCAUAAA